AUGCCACCGGUAGAGCAGUCAACAGCAUCACGGACAGCCCUAGGGCCAGCCUGUGUAUCUGGUAAUCCUCGCUGUCCUGGUAAGGAGUGUGCUAAGUCCGACCGCAUGAUCUCAUGCUCUUUUAAUGCUGCUGCACAUGCGGCUCGUAUGGGAAAUACUUUGGCUAUCCUCCUGGCAGCCUUGCGGAAAACAAUGGGUGCAGAGGAUCAGGAUUCUAAAACUCUUAUUGAUUCAGCUUUAGCAGCUCACUCACAACUGACACGUGAUGUAGGGGAGAGAUUGCAGCACACAGGUAGAGGCGACGACACCAUACGUGAGGCACUUUACCAUUUUAGAGAUCUUCUGGGUUACACUCAUCUCUUCAGAUUUGUCAUGAACACAAUAUACACACCGAAUGUACAUAAUGAAGGCAGAGAGAUGUGCAGCUGUAAGGAGUUCAUUGCUCAAGAGCUUCUGAAGAUGUUUCUUUCAAUAGAAAUCACUUAUCAAGAUGCUGCUGAACCUCGUACUGCGCUAAGACAGUUGCAACACAAUUUCAGAUUUCUCUUUCAGAAUCCGAUAUUAAAGUUGGCAGUAGAGGGCAGUGUCGUCAAAACCUCCAUGGGCCGCCACUUCAUAUUACAGUGUGGGACAAUAGAUAGUAAUUGAUGAAAUAAUGUUUGACCAGAUUAGAUUAUGAAGUAAAUUACAAGAUUAAAGCAUUGAUUGAGCAUACAUGAACAGUUAUUAGUUUAUAUUCUCUGUCUGGCU